CGUGUACUUAGUACAUUUACCUAUAGCUUUACUUGUGAUAAAUAUCUGAAAUGGCAUCCUCGUAUGAAAAGAUCACACGCUGGAACUAUCACUCGACCGGGCAGGAAGUGGUACAGGCUUUCCCAGACAAAGUCAAAGACAAAACGAUUCUCAUUACCGGGCCCUCAAGCGGUGGAAUCGGUGCAGCCACAGCCCUCGCUCUCGCAGCCGGAUCUCCUCACCUCCUCCUCUUAACCGGACGUUCAGAGGCGAAGAUCACGCCCGUGAUUCAAGACAUCAACCAGAAAUAUGCCAAUGUCGAUGUACGAUUCGUACACUGUGACCUCGCAGCUCAGUCCUCUGUUCGUUCAGCUUCUGUCGAGAUCUUGAAAAUCCUUGGUGACAAGGGCCUCGACAUCCUAAUCUGCAACGCUGCAAUCAUGGCUUGUCCUUUCGCUCUGACUCCUGACGGUAUCGAGAGUCAGUUUGGUACCAACCAUAUUGGUCACUUUCUACUUGUCAAUUUGCUGUUCCCUCAAGUCCUGAAGGCGGAGAGGCCAAGGAUAGUAAUGGUGUCGAGCUCCGCGCACAGAAGCGGCGUGGUGAGGUUCGAUGAUUUGAACUUUGAUGGUGAUGGAGAGAAAGGGGAGGGGAAGGCGUAUAAUGCGUGGGAGGGCUAUGGACAGAGCAAGUUAGCGAAUAUCCUUUUUGCGAAGAGCUUGGCUAGGAUCUUUGAGAGUAAGGAUAUGCAGGCGAAGGCGUAUAGUUUGCAUCCGGGCUCUAUCAGAACUGGUCUCCAAGUUCAUAUGCUGGCGGCAAGUGAAACGCUCCUGGCUGAAGGAUUGGCGAAAGCUAUUGCCGCGGAAGCAAAGCAUGGUAGAGUAUUCAAGCGCGAAGCCCCGAAAACUUUGGAGCAAGGGUGUUCGACGACAUUGGUUGCGGCGCUGGAUCCAAGCAUUGAUAGCAUGAGCGGUGUGUAUUUGGUCAACGGUGAUGUUGCGGAGUAUCCGCCCGAAGAAGGUAGCGUGACCAUCGAGGAUCAAGAUCGGCUUUGGAUAUUGAGUGAAAGAUUGGUAGGCGAGAAAUUCAAUUGGUAGGUAAGGCAUAAAGGCAG